UCUCCUUCCCCCUCCUCUUCCGCCGCCAUGGCCGCCGCGCCGCGCUGAGCCCCGGCCCCGCCGCUCAGCCCCGGCCAUGGCGGCUCCGCUCCCAUAACCGUGGCCGCCAUGCCGAGCGGAGCCGCCGAGGCCAGCGAGGCCGCCGAGCCGGCUCUGCUGCUCCUCCAGCAGCGCCUGCAAGGCCUCGGCUUCCCGCAAGCCGGCACGGAGGAGGAGGAGGAGGAGGAUGAUGGCGGCGAGGCGGAGCUGAGGGAAGAUGAGGACGGAGAAGCCGCGUUGUUGUUGCUGCCGCGCGGCCUCGAUGUUGCGGGAGGCCGGGGAAUGAUGGCGGCGAUGCUGUCGCAGGCCUACGGCGAGGCCGGGGCCGUGGGGGGAGAGCAGGCGGCGCUGCUGCGGAGGAAGAGCGUCAACACCACCGAGUGCGUGGCCGUGCCCAGCUCCGAGCAUGUGGCCGAGAUCGUGGGGCGGCAGGGCUGCAAGAUCAAGGCGCUGCGGGCCAAGACCAACACGUACAUCAAGACGCCGGUGCGCGGCGAGGAGCCGGUGUUCGUGGUGACGGGGCGCAAGGAGGACGUGGCCACGGCCAAGCGGGAGAUCCUGUCGGCGGCCGAGCACUUCUCGCUGAUCCGGGCGUCGCGCGGCAAGGGCGCGGGGCCGGGCGGGCCGUGCUGCGCGCCCGCGCUGCCGGGGCAGACCACGGUGCAGGUGCGGGUGCCGUACCGCGUGGUGGGGCUGGUGGUGGGCCCCAAGGGCGCCACCAUCAAGCGCAUCCAGCAGCAGACGCACACCUACAUCGUGACGCCCAGCCGCGACAAGGAGCCCGUGUUCGAGGUGACGGGCAUGCCCGAGAACGUGGACCGCGCGCGCGAGGAGAUCGAGAUGCACAUCGCCCUGCGCACCGGCGCCUUCCUGGAGCUCGGCGACGACAGCGACUUCCGCGCCAACGGCACCGACGUCGGCUUCGAGGGCGGCGCCGCCUGGCCGGGCGCCCGCCCCGGGCCCCGCGCCCGCACCAGGAUGGUCUCCAGCUACCGCAACGACAGCUCCAGCUCCCUGGGCAGCGGCUCUACCGACUCCUACUUCGGCGGCAGCCGGCUGGCCGACUUCAGCCCCACCAGCCCCUUCGGCGCCGGCGGCUUCUGGAUCGGGGAGGCGCUGCCGGCCGUGGGCGCGGAGGAGCUGGCGCUGGACUCCCCCGCCUACGAGCCCCUGCCCGCGCCCUCCCCGACCAUAUGGGCGCCCUUCGAGCCCGCGCCCGCCCUGCCCGGCCUGGGCGGUGAAGCCGUGGGCGGCACCAAGGCCCCGCGCCGCGGCAGCCAGUCCCCCACGCCCCGCCUGUCGCCCACCUUCCCCGAGGGCCUGGAGCACCCGCUGGCCAGGCGGGCCCGCAGCGACCCGCCGGGCUCCGGCCACCAGCCCGGGCUGCCCAUCUACAUCCCCGCCUUCUCCAACGGUACCAACAGCUACUCCUCGUCCAACGGCGGCUCCACGUCCAGCUCGCCCCCCGAGUGCCGGCGCAGGCACGACUGCGUCGUCUGCUUCGAGAGCGAGGCCACCGCCGCCCUCGUGCCCUGCGGCCACAACCUCUUCUGCCUGCAGUGCGCCGGCCGCAUCUGCGCCCGGGACGCGCCCGCGUGCCCCGUGUGCCAGGCCGCCGUCACCCAGGCCAUCCAGAUCCACUCCUGAGCCCGCGCCUCGGCCCCGCUGCUGCUGCCUCCCGGCCGCCGGGCUUGCCCGGGGCCGGGCUCUCGCGGCCGCUGCGGGGACACCGGCGCCGGGCGGGCUCCGUGGCCCCGUGCGGGCAGCGGGGUUCAGCAGGGAGGGAUC